AUGAAUGGGCUUAAAAGUAGUUUAGCGUUGCAACGGUGCUUCCCUCCGUAUCCACCAGAGGUGUUGAGGGCCAUCUCUCCGAAAUCACCAGAGGAGCAGGAUGCCAUCACUCCGAAACUACCAGAGGUGCAAAGGGCCAACCCUCCGAAACCACCACAGGUGCAAAGGGCCAACCCUCCGAAACCACCACAGGUGCUGAGGGCCAUCUCUCCGAUAUCACCAGGUAAGAGAUUUACUUAUCAACCUUUUAUCUUUAAUUUGGUACUUACUGUUCUGGUUUUGUAAUAUUAUAAUAUUUCAUUUGUCAAUUACUAAGAUUGUAAUAGAUAUUUAAAUUAUAUCUUGAUUAUAUUUCAAAAAAAGGAUAAUAAAUUUUCGUUUUUAAAUAAAUAAAGUAAUUAAUUACUUUUAGCUUUCAUUUUAAAUAGGAAUGUACAGAUUUAAUUUAUGAUAUAUUUACCUCCCUUUGUAGGCUUUAUCCAUAAAAUGAUUUACUUUUAAUUCUAUAACAAAAUUAGAAUUAUUACAGGGUGCAAAAGUUUGUAAUUAAAACAACGAAAGUAGUUUUUUAGGGAAACUGAGAGAUAGAGAAAGUAAGAUACUGAGAGCAAGCCCUUUCAUUUUAUUGCAACUGAUUCAAUAUUUCAGGGGCUUAAAAGUAGUUUAGGGAUAUCGCUAAAUUGUCAUUUGUUUAUUGGAUUAAAAAACUAAAUGAAUGUUUAAGCUAUAAUUAUCAAAAUAAGGCAUGAAAACAAACCAAAGAGAAUAGCCGGAGGUGUGAUAUGCUUAUAUAAAUACACACACACACACACAUAUAUAUAUAUAAAAUAAUUUUUUUAACAUUUUAUUUAAAUUUUG